UUCUCUAUGCCCAGAUACGCGGAAGAAGUGGUGAGCUGUAUUCGUUUCCUAGUGUUUCACGCAAUACUGUUAGGCACGUUUGUCUUGACCCUGUGCGGCAUAGUGCUGAUCAUAGUAAGUGAGAGAUUCACGACGACGAUUUCACGCGAUAUACGAUGUGGAUUAACCGCCGCCAAUUCCGUAAACAGAAUUCGCCGUUAAUCGUGAAAGCGCAGUUUAUAAUCAUAUGCGUGUGCAUCCUUCUGGAAAUUUAUUUGUACGCGUUGCCCGCUGAUUACAUGUACGAUAUGAGCAUGAACAUUUCGAGAAGCGUGUACGACUCGAUAUGGUACGAGCAGAGGUUGGGCUUGCAAAAAGCUCUGUUGACCGUAUUGACAUUUCAAAAACCGAUACCCGUCUCGAUUAACGUUCUAUUGCCAGAGCUCACUAUACGAUAUUAUUGUUCAUACGUGUCCAAUGCUCUGUCCAUCUUCGCAGCUCUUCGUACCGUGGUGGAUGAUAGUUGAACGAUAAAAUGUGAUCCAAAAAAAA